CGUUUCACUGGUUGGGUCGUUUGGUUUGAAAACUGGCAUCCAGCAGCCAGAUGGCAUGGCAGUCGACGUUUCUCUCACCAUGUCUAAAUCCAUGUUCCAGCCUAAAGACUAUCUAAAUUACAAAGCUCUCUACAAAAGAGCUUUCUAUAUUGCAUACCUUGCAGACCAGCUGAUCACGCUAACGGCAAAAAAUCACCUGCCGGUUAGAAUAUCCUACGAGUACGUGAAUGGCGAUAGAUUGUGUCCAAGCAUCAGGAUAGAUAGUGUCACGCCAGAUAAAGUUCACGACAACGAUCUAGUAUUUGAGGAUACAAACUUUAGAAUCAGGCUUCUGGUCGGAUUCGAGUAUGGGUUGUUCGAAAGCAAAAAACUUCUUCCCGAUAGGAACUGUGUCCGCAUUCAAACCGACGACGAGCUACCUCCAACGCCUCUGUACAACUCUUCCAUCCUGUCUUCCACAACCUACAAAUACUAUCUCAAGUACCUAUACGCCACAAAGAAGACCACCGACUCCUUUAGAGAUGCGACGGUGCUAGGAAAGCUCUGGCUGAGACAACGUGGCUUUGGCUCCCAUUUUAAUAAAGGCGGUUUUGGACAUUUUGAGUUUGCUGUACUGAUGGCUGCGCUUUUGGCGGGCGGUGGUGAGAACGGGAACAAGGUGUUGCUCCACGGUUACUCUAGUUACCAGCUAUUUAAAGGGACGAUCAAGUACUUGGCCACGCAGGACCUCGUCGACGACGGGUAUCUUUCAUUCAGUUCCAUUGUUGGCGAUAGUGGCUCAAUUUACAAAAAGGGCGGAUUUAACAUCCCAACUCUGUUCGACAAGACUACCAAGAUCAACAUUCUGUGGAAAAUGACGGCUUCUUCCUACCAAGCGUUGAAAAAGCAAGCAAGUGAGACACUGGACCUCUUGAACGAUGUUGUGCAAGACCGCUUUAAACAGACAUUUAUCUACAAAAACACACAAAAGUACUUACAAUAUGACAUGUUUGUGUCGGUUCCAUUGAAAGAUUUGAACCAGCAAGACAAAUUUGGUCCUAUAGAGAAAAUCACUUUCCUGACAUACGAGAAUUUUGUAUGCAGCAAAGUCCACAGACUGGUCUCCCGUGCAUUGGCUGAAAGAGCUACUCAUGUUGUUGUUAGACUUUCCAAUACUGAGGACAAAUGGGGCAUUCAAAAGAGGCGUCCUGACACCCAGGAUAAACAGGUCGAGAUCGGACUGUAUUUGAACGCGACCGAGUGUGAAAAGAAAAUCACCAAAGGCCCUCUCCAUAAUGAUGAGGAAAACGCUAUUCGGUUUCGCUCCUUUUGGGGCGCAAAAGCUCAAGUCAGAAAGUACAAAAAUGGAAAUAUACAGUACAGUUGUCUGUGGCCUGCCAAUGAGCUUACGGUGGUGUCUAUUCUGAAAUACGUAUUUGAGCUUCAUAUCAGCUCCAGUGCAAAACUCGACUUUAAUACAGACAGGUUCUGGAAGAUGCUGCCUGUGCCACUGACCUCGAAUUUGAUGCAGCUAAUUCCGUCCAAUUUCCAGCAGCUGAAAAACUCCUACUCCGAGUUAUGCAAAGUUCUGAAUAAAAUAGACCUCCCGCUGAGUGUCAAGUCCAUUUUGCCAGCUUCGUCCGCUUUGCGAAACACCUCCCUAAUACUGCCCGUUCCUUAUGCCGUGUCGAACCCAGACUUCUUCAACGAGUCGAUUCUACAAUUUGAGUCGUCGACAAAAUGGCCAGACGAGCUGUUAGCUCUCGAGCAAACAAAAACUGCAUUCCUUCUAAAGAUCAACGAUUAUCUCGCCAAAAAUACAAACUACAAGUCCUACUUGGAAGAAGAUCGCACUUCUGUUCCUUACAACACCGAAAUCAAAGUUCUACGUGUGCUCUCGCCAGAUGGUUACGGAUUCAGCUUCCGAGUUUUAACCGAGCGUGACGAAGUACUAUAUCUUCGUGCUAUCGAGAACGCUCCCGAAAAGCAACGUAAGACCGUUGCUGACAUUUAUUUGGCAUUUAAUCAGAGAUACAUGGGCUCCGUCAAGCAUCACCGGGCCAUCGCCUCUCUAAGCACGUACUUCCCAUUUUAUUCUGCCACAGUACGUCUUUUUAAGCGCUGGCUUGACGCGCAGCUUCUUCUGUCCCAUUUCAAUGACGAGCUUGUCGAGCUUCUGGUGAUGAAGGUGUUUGUGGACCCUGCUCCAUACUCUGUUCCUGCCAGCGUCGAGGCUGGCUUCCUUCGCACCUUACAGUUCUUGAGUCAAUGGAACUGGAAGGAGGAACCACUUGUUCUUGAUCUUGCAAAAGAUCUUGAGAAAAGCGGAAACUACAUUGAUCUCGUCUCAGAACAAUUGACUGUCCAGACUUACCAGACAAUUAGCGGAAACUUCAGCAAACUGCGCAAGGAGGAUCCACAGGCUAUCAGGACACAGCUAUUUGUGGCAUCUAAAGAGGACCCUUCUGGAAAAUUGUGGUCGUUUGGUCUUUCUCUGCCUAUUGCGACAAGACUGACUGCUCUCAGUAAGGCUGCCGUGGCCGCUGUCAGCAAGACGCUUAACCAGAAAACUUUGAACCUAAUAUUCACUCCGGCGCUGAAAGAUUAUGAUAUUGUGCUAAAGAUCAGAACGCCUGUCGAGCUGGCCUCAAAGUCUGGUAUCUUGCCAGAAAACAAAUUCAAAAAUCUGGUGGCCACGUCGUUGGUGGCCUCCGAUGACAUUUCUUCCGAACAGGACCCAGUUCCUGCAUUCUGUAGCGAGUUGAGGGCUCGCUUCAGUAACGUGAUGCUCAUCUCGUGCGGGAAGUACACCGGACUCAGAAAAGAAGGCCGUUGCAACGUUAUCGCUGGCAUACUGAACCCAGUGAUAGGAAAUUCCAAAAAGAAGUUUCGGGUUAACGUUGGCUACGAUGUCGAGCCUACCGAUGAUGAGCAGCUCAAACUUAAUAAACAUUCUCUGCUCAGUCAAAUUGCGCUCCUGGGUGGUGAUUUGAUUGAAUCUGUAGACUUAAAUAGGUGGGAAUAAUAUAGAGUAAUUCAUAAGAAC